CUCGCCAUCUGGUGGCCGCUGAAGCUGCAGAUCACAAAACGGCGUGCUCGUUUCAUGAUUGUCUGCAUAUGGAUCAUAGCGCUAGGGUCCACCAUACCGUGGGCUUUGUUCUUCGAGCUGGUGCCCAUCUUUCCGGAGGCACCCGACAUCAAACUGUGCGUUGAGGUUUGGCCACCGGGUACGGACGGAGCUCUCUACUUCCUGCUGGCGAACCUGGUAGCAUGCUAUCUACUGCCUAUGACACUAAUCACUAUUUGUUAUAUAUUGAUCUGGAUUAAGGUUUGGCGGCGAUCCAUUCCAGGGGACUCUAAGGAUGCUCAGAUGGAUCGGAUGCAGCAAAAGUCCAAGAUCAAAGUUGUUAAGAUGCUUGUUGUAGUUGUUAUACUGUUUGUACUAUCUUGGCUGCCACUGUAUGUGAUUUUUGCAAGAAUCAAACUCGGAGGAGCCCUCGAGAGCAACGAGGAAGAAAUGCUGCAAAUUGCCACGCCCAUCGCCCAGUGGCUUGGAGCAUCGAAUUCAUGCAUUAAUCCAAUACUGUACGCGUUUUUCAACAAGAAAUACCGAAAAGGGUUCGCGGCAAUCAUACGAUCACGAAAGUGCUGUGGACGAUUAAGGUACUACGAAACCGUAGCCAUCGCAUCGUCAUCGACUAGCACCCGGAAAUCAUCACACUAUCACAACAGCACCAAGCGUCCACAGUACAGUCCGUCAAUGAAAUCAGUCGACGCUGUUUCCUAUAUCUACGAGGAGAAAGGUGGCCGAAAACAUCAUUCGAUUUCCAAGCAAGACAGUAACCUUUCGCGGCAUAUGCUACUCAAACAGGACAGCAGUAUAUCACGCCAGACGCUACUGAAACAGGACAGCAUCGCUUCACGAUCCGCAAUACUGUACCGCCAAGAUAGCGACAAUUCUCGUCAGAUGCUUCUGAAACAGGAUAGUAGCGGCUCGCGGGAUAUGCUUUCCAAGCAAAGUUCGGCCUCGGAUUCAAUCUCGCGCCAGGAUAGUCAGAUUUCAUACAUUGAACCUCGCAAAGGUAUCCUGUGCAAACAGGAUACACAAAUCUCGUACAUUGAGCAUACGAGUGCUAGUAAAAAAUAUUCCUCCUCGCUUUCGAGCCAGGACAGCGUCCUAUCGAUCAUUGAACACAAAAGACACAAGCUCGUAAAACAAGACUCAAUUUUCUCAUUCAAUGAGCCCAAGUCAGUGUACGAGAGUACUGCAGCCGCGCCUUCAAAUAAGCGGCACCAGCUGGUCAAACAGCACUCCGUUAUCUCUUUCGCCGACCAGAAACGCGGCGGCAGUCUCACCAAACAGGACUCGGUCACAACUAUCCAUCGAACCGGCAAUGGCGAAGGUCCAUACAUAUCAUCUAUCCUAAAGAAAACUGACUCGCAGUGCAGUUCAGCCUCGCCGAUAAGGAAAAAUAUUGGAUUUUUCGAAGGAUAA